AUGCAUCCGUUCCCGUUUGCCUCGCAGUUUCUGGUCCUCUACCAGACUUUCACUCCAACCACCUUGCUGCCGGACUGUUGGAGGGGCGAGGAGUACGCGGAGAACUUCCGAGUGGGCUGUGGCAGAGCAGAUGGCUGGGGCAUGCCGGCUGCCUGUGACCAGCAGGGUGCUGGGAAGCCAAGAAGCUCCACCGCCCUUUUGCCUGCCGGGACCAAUUUCCAGUCCGUGCGAUGCUCAACGGCGACAUCCGAUGGCAGCCUCGCAUUGCGCUGUCGUAGCCGGGCGUACGACUCCCUUGUCCUGGCAGAGUCUCGGCAAACGGAGCAGGAGGUCCUGCAGUGGGAAUGUCCUGCUUCGCCUACCACCGGAAGCCGAAACAAGUACUCCCUCCACCCUGCGCGCAGCUGCGCGAAUGGACUGGGUACCUGGGGUGCGAGAAUUCAGACGCACCUGAAGUGUGUGACGGUGCAGGUGGCCGAGUUGCUCCAGCUCAGGCCAGGCGAGUCGGUUCUCGACUGGGGCAGUGGCUGCGGAUGGUCCCUGACAUGGCUGUCCACCUUGUAUGGAAUCAAUGGCUACGGCAUUGAGGCCACAUCGCAGAACUUUGCUUGGGCGACCCGCUUUUCUCGAGGUAACUACUGCCUCUACGGCGGCAUCGACCUAGGUUGGAUUCCAGACGAGUCUUUCGACGCUGUGACGUCCUACUGGGUCAUGUCCUCGGUGAACUCAGGGUAG